GCGCCACAGCACCGGAGCCAUACAAAAAAUGUAGGACUUGGAAGGACGAGGGGUUGCCGCGCUCGCCUGUGGGACCUCUCUCUCUCUCUCUCUCUCUCUCUCUCUCUCUCUCUCUCUCUCUCUCUCUCUCUCUCAUCUCCUGUGUCCUGUCCUCGCUUCCCUUGCCGCGCUUCGCGUCUGACCUCUGCCCCCCGUCCCAACCCCUCCGGCGCGAUUGCCUGGUUGGCUGCCUGGUGCCAUCAACCGUUUCCGGCCGAGAAACGGCGGGAAAGCGCUACACACACACACACACACACACACAGAGAGAGAGGGAGAGAGAGAGCGAGACGGAGAUAGAGAGAGUGGUCGGUAAGGAGAGAGGGUGAGUCUGCGCGCCAGCUCUGCAGCAAACUCGCCGUUGAGUUUGUUUGGGCCCUCCCUUCCCCUGCCCUCCCUGCCCUCCCUCCCCUCCCUCCUCCCCUCCUCCCGUCUUCUUCGUUUCCUUCUUCGCUUCACCAUGGCUAUGGCGGCUGGUGCAGUCUCCAGGUCCGCGUCCCUGGCAUGCGGCUCCAGUUUGGCAGCCGUUGCGCAGCCAUGCUCGUCAUCUCAGCAGCUGCAGCCCCAGCCGCAGCAAUACGCUUGCUUGUCGACUCGAACCAUCAACAAGGCCCACCAGUCACUCAAGGUAAUUACUGUAAUCCCGCGAAUGAUCACAGCCAGCCUUAAUCUGGGGAUCGAUCCGGUUUGGGUUUCACAUUCCCGGCCACCGUUGAUUCACGGAUUCCCCAAUAAUAGAUUGACAUACGCGGAGUGCAACGACACCCACCACACGCGUGGUCUAGAUGAGAAUGUGAUAUCUAUACGUCUCGCUUCUUGUGGCGUUGAGGAGAGGAUGUGGCUAUGGUAGUCGCCAGCCACCAGCCACCAGCCACCAGCCACCAGCCACCAGCCACCAGCCACCAGCUUUGCCUUGCAAGCUU